UCGACGUUGACUGGAUUGAAACAUGCUGCAUCGAUAGCCCGAUCAGUAGUAAUUCUUUGAUGCUUCGCAUCUCGUAUCACAAUGUCAACAAAGACCCCUUCCCGGAGGUCAAGCAUGUCACGGUGACGCCAUCGCCAAGUCUCCGAGUCCCGUCGCUAUCAAUCAGUAACCCGGUCCGUCGCGACAAGAUGUCUGUCUCACACAGCUAGCUAGCUUAGCUUAGCUACUAAGCUAGCUCACCAUGCUGUCCGCCGACACCAAAAGCACAGUGCGCUCCGGCGCAUCAGACCAAGACACCACCCCAGCCUGGCAAUUCCUCGCCACCGAGAUCUACAAAACGGGGUCGCAGCCCGGCCUGCGCUCUCUCCCUCCCAGCCCGGAACGCGAUUUCCUGACCCUCACCUGGGGCCCGAUCAUCUACCUGACCAGCUACACGUCGUCGUCGCCUCACCUCGUGCACCUGUUCCUCCGGGCGCUGAACACGGAGAUCCAAAAAGCGAUUCCGCGAUGUCUGCCCGGUGCGCGCAAGCACCUCCGUCUGCUGGAGACAACCUACUCGGCCAAGGUCUUCAGCAUCGAGACGCAGUACUCCGGCGCUGAUGUGGAGUAUAUCCGGGGGGCGUUCCACAAUUGGAAGCGGGCGGAUCUGUCAUUGCCGUCGAUCGAGUUGCCGGUGCGGUUGAGGAUAUGUCUCAUUGUUGAUAACGGGGUUUUGCAGGCCGUGGAGGAGGUGAAGCGCAGGGUGGCGAUCGAGGACGAUGGAGAUGCGUAUGCAGGCUGUCCGGUGAUCCUGGUGGAGGAGAACUUCCCGGAUCGGAGAAGACGCGACUCGAAUCCCGCGGAUCAUGAGUACCCUGGCUGGACGAGAGUGGCUUUGUCGGCUGUGGUGGAGGUGAUGGAUGGGUUGAGGGAUGCGAGUGGGUUGAAGAGAUAUCAUAGGCCCGAUAUGUUGUAUACUGGAAACGGGCAGUGGAGUUGAUCUGUCGGAAUUUUGGGUUCUUGCAUUGGGCUGGGUGCAUGGGGG